UCACUGUGUGAAUUGCUAUCGACAAUCUCCUCAAAUUGUGCGUAUCCAUUUGCUUCAUCGUGGAAUUAUGCAAUCUUAUAUUAAUUGGUAUAAUCAUGGAGAACCUCGUGUAUUGAACGAGAACAUUCAUGAUAAUGAAAUGUCGGAUGGUGAUCAUAUGGAUGGUAUCGAUGCCUUGGUAGAUGACCGAAUUAGAGGGGAACCAAGAAAUGCAACCGAAGAUGAGGAGGUGCGUCAUUUUGACAAACUUGAGGAAGAUGCAAAACGUGAGUUGUAUCCGGGUUGCACUGAUUAUAGUAUCUUGAAGUUUGUUAUUGAGAUGUUGAAUGUAAAAGUAAUGACCAACUUGAGUAAUAAGGGACUUGAUAUGAUGCUAGAAUUGUUGACAAAGGUUUUACCGAAAGGUAACUUGGUUCCAAGGUCAACUUAUGAAGCAAAGAAGAUAUUACGUGACUUGGGUAUGUCAUAUGAGCAUAUAGAUGCAUGCAAAAAUGAUUGUGCAUUAUUUUGGAAGGAAAAUGAAAAUCUUGAUAAAUGUCCGGUGUGUGAGGUGCCUAGGUACAAAGAUACACGUACCCAAGGUAAGAAGAUUCCUCAUAAAGUAUUGCGUUACUUUCCGUUGACACCGAGAUUGAGGAGAUUGUACAUGUCAAGCCAAAGAGCUAAGGACAUGAGAUGGUAUAUAGACAAACGUGUGGACGAUGGGAUAAUGAGGCAUCCGGCUGAUAGUGAGGAGUGGAAGGAAUUUGAUUUGCAACAUCCUGAUUUUGCCCUCGAACCUCGCAAUGUAAGGUUAGGGUUGGCUACAGAUGGAUUUAAUCCUUUUGGGAAUAUGAACAAUAAUUAUAGUAUGUGGCCUGUCAUACUUAUCCCCUAUAAUUUACCACCUUGGUUGGUUAUGAAGGAGCCAUAUUUUAUGUUGUCCUUGCUUAUUCCCGGUCCCCAUCAACCGGGGAAUGAUAUUGAUAUUUACUUGAAACCAUUGGUUGAUGAGUUGAAGGAGUUGUGGGAAGAAGGUGUAGAAACUUAUGAUGCUUAUAGUAAAGAGCAUUUUCAGAUGCGUGCAACUUUGUUGUGGACAAUACAUGACUAUCCUGGAUUUGGUAACGUAUCCGGGUGGAGGACAAAGGGUUAUCAUUCUUGUUACACUUGCAACGAUCAACCAUAUUCAGAAGCUUUGGAAAGUAAAAUUGGAUUCAUUAAUCAUCGAGCUUAUUUACCUAUGGAACAUCGUUGGAGACAUAGUCGGUUGCAUAAUGGUUUACCGGAGAAACGGAAGAGAUCUUUAGAGUUACAAGUGGGAAAGAUACAAGAGCAACUAGAUAGAAUGCCAAAUAUAAUUUUAGGAAAACAUCCAAGUAACAAGAAGAGACAACUCAUUGGGGAGCCAAAUUGGUCAAAGGUAAGUAUUUUGUACAAGCUUCCAUACUGGAAAAAUAAGAAGCUUAAGCACAACAUUGAUGUCAUGCAUGUGGAGAAGAACAUUAGUGAGAGUACUUAUGGUACUUUGUUGGGCAUUGAGGGGAAAAAUAAGGACACUGAUAAGGCACGGAUAGACUUGCAAAAUAUGAACUUCAGGCACACGUUGCAUUUGAAACAACGUCCUGAUGGAUCAUAUGAUAAACCUCGGGCUUUCUUUUCAUUAAGCCCCAAUGAAAGAGAUGGUUUUUAUGACUUUUUGAAAUCAGUCAAGUAUCCGGAUGGCUAUGCAGCCAACAUAUCAAGGUCAGUGAAUGCAAAAAAUGGUAGAUUAUCUGGUUUGAAAAGCCACGACUGUCAUGUGUUACUACAACGAAUUCUUCCAAUUGGGUUGCGAGGGUUUGCAGAUAAAGACAUUAGUAUUGUAUUGUUUGAGUUAGGCAAUUUCUUCCAAGACUUAUGCUCAAGGACCCUAAAGCGGAGUGAAUUAGAGAAACUAGAAGAACGUAUAGUUCUUAUACUAUGCAAGCUUGAGAGGUUCUUGCCUCCAGCAUUCUUUGAUGUUAUGGUCCACCUUGCUGUUCACUUGCCUCGAGAAGCAAUUCUAGGAGGCCCGGUACAAUAUCGGUGGAUGUAUCCAAUUGAAAGGUAUCUUGGAAAAUUGAAAAGAUACGUUUCCAACCGAGCUCGACCAGAAGGUUCGAUUGCAGAGGCUUACAUUCUUAAAGAAUGUAUUAACAACUGGUCUUUGUAUAUUGAUGGGAUCGAAACUAUUCAUAAUCGAAGAGAAAGAAAUGAAGAUUUUGGUGAAUCUAGCGAAGGAUUGAUAGUUUUUUCACAGACUGCCCGACCUACAGGUGGUAGGCGAAAUGAUGGCGACUUCUCUCGUGCAUUGCUUGAUACUGCUCAUUGGUACUUGUUGUACAAUAGUCCUGAACUAGAGCCUUAUUUAAACGAACACAAAAGCACAUUGCAUAAUCCUACUAGAGAAGCCAUAACUCAAAUCCAACGACAAGAGUUUCCUAAGUGGUUUAGAGAACGUUUACAGAUGGCACCAGGACGACUUACACGCUCACGAGGUGAGGCAUCUAUCCCGGUGGUCCAAUCUACGGUUCAAUCUACGGAAACACCUCUUGAAGCAAAUCCUCCCGUCCAAAGUUCUUCUAGUGGAGAGGCUACCGACGCAUUAACUAGCACGACUGGAUCUACUAGCAGAAAUACCCGUGGAACAACACGUGGUGUAGCAGUACGGGCACUUGUUGAAAAAAGUGGUAAACUGCCAGUACGUAUAGCUGCAGAGUAUGAUGCUCCUGUUGGGAAGAAUGCGUGCAAGCUUGUCAAUCAAAUUGGUGUACAAGUACGAAGUAAUUUGUCAAGUUAUAACGUAAAAAAUUGGAAAAGUGUUGAUGCUGCUACUAAAGAUGUGGUGCUUCAAAGUAUCGAGGAUCAGUUUGAGCUAGAAGGUGAUUCCAACUUAGUAACGAAAGCAAUAAAUACAAAAUGUGGAAGAUUAUUGAGUAGCGGCUCUAACAAGUUGUAUCAGACUUAUAAAAAGCUCGUACAAUAUCAUGGUGCUGACUAUGCAAAAACCCAUCCGCCAAAUAAUGCCACACUUGCGCAGUGGACUGGACUCAUUGAAGGGAGAUGGACCAAUAAGGAUUGGCUGGAAAAAUCAAGAAUUAACUCUGAAAAUAGGAGCAAAACUUCAGGCAAACAUAGAUGCGGGACAAAGGCACUUGCUGUUAGGGUUGAUGAGGAGACAAAUAAUAAUGACGGUCAAGUUCCUGAAUUGGCAAAAAUCUACAAAGAUGUUCAUUUCAAUCCAAAUACAAAUAGGUGGAUACAGCCUGAGGAUGAAGCGACAUAUGAAACUAUUCUUAAAGUGCAAGAGGAUCAUUGUCAAGAUCCUAAUGCAAUUCCCCUUACACAAGAGGAGAUCUCAAAUUUGGUUUUUAAGAAGAAAUCCGGUAUUGUAAAAGGACUUGGCAUGAGACCUUCCUCUUCUCUAGUAACCACUGCCUCAUCUAAUUCCUCGGUGGAGUAUAUUCAUCGGUUAGAAAGUGAGAUAAUUGAGCUCAAAGAGGCAAGAGCCAGGGACGAAGAGGAGCGAGCUAAGGAGCAAGAGGCACGAGCUAAGCAAGAUGAGGUCCAAAACAAUAUUCUUAAUUUUUUGAGGAGCAAGGGUUAUGAUGAUGCUUUUACUUAUGGAGGUGGUUCAUCUUCAAGCUAAAUCACUUAUUGAUUUCUUAUUGGUGGAUUUAGGGGAUUUCCUUUAGGCAUUAUUUGAAGACAUAUGAGGACAUCUUCCGUUAGUUCUAAGUAUAUUGUGCCACAUUUUUUGUAUUGUUAUAAAACAUCUUAAGUUAUUGUAUGUGUUGCAAACAAUUAUUGUAUGUGUUGCAAACACUUAUUGUAUGGAAGGAGUUUGAAUUGGAUACUUACUUUAAUUUUAA